AUGUCGCCCGGCGCAGGCAAUCUCGCAGAGUUUCAAGACUCAUGCAGAACUGCAAUCAUCUUCCCCAAAAAUGUUCUGCGGAGUGAUUUGUGGGAACAUACCUUGGAAAAAUACCACUCGACAUUAGACGCCGAUUCGACGUCAGACGAUGCACCGGAGUUGUUCGAUGACGAUCAUAGAUCGAUCUAUACACUCGACUUCUCAACAGACACCGAGUCCUUCAAGCUCUCGGACGAACUGAAAACCCUAGAUCAAGUGCAAGACUUGGUGAACGAAGACGCCGAAGACCUGCGAUGUCGAUUCAUCUUCAUCCACGCCCUGUCUGCGCGCAGCCCUCUAGGAUGCUCGAAGGAACAGCUGCUGCAUAUUCUGACCCACUAUCAGACUAUGCCUUCGUUCCUGGACAACGUCUUUUCAUUCUGUCAGCGGAGUGAACCUCACCUCAGGACGUGUUUUAGGUCCGAGGACUAUCUAAAUGUGAAGGAUCAAGCUUUCCAAAUCAAGGAGCUAGGGAGAUCUGGUAAUCAAGUGCAGCACUGCUUCAACUUGGUAGGCAUUGAAUAUGGAAAAGACCAAAGCUGGCCCUUCUUCUACCGACAAACCGCCGCCUAUUUUUCAUUCGAUCCUGUAGAAUCACGCUCUCUCUGGAUCAUCCUUAAAGCGAAUGCAGAAAUCAGAAACCGCAUAAAGCAAUCAUCUGAUUGCACACGGCGGGGAAAUAACCUGGGCGACCUCACAACCCCGGAAUCGUCCUUCUCAAGUGCAAUGAGUGCCCACUUGCUGAUAUACGAGUGGAGUACAGACAAUUGGACACCUUAUAUCGACUUUCUAGAGAGUAAGAUUCUGGAGUCCUCGACUAUCAUCAAUUACAGUCCAGUCACCAGAUUUACACAAGAGAAACCCAUCGCGCAGGCCCUGUCGAGGAAGUCGACAUUUCAGUCAGGGGUCCAGUCUAGGCAAAACUCGGGCUUACAGCAACAGCUUAAUCGAUCCUCCAGAACCGCAAGCUUCAGCAAGAUUCUUAACCCGAGACCGGGGCCCAGGAGGUUCUCCAACAAGAUUUCUAGAAAGGGACGGCAUUCUGCUUUACCCUCUGCUCAACGACCCGCAAAAGUCAAGAUGGACGACCUAGAUCUUGACGAGAUCUUUUCAUUCGACCAGCUGCAGAGCCUUCACAGACUCGCGGCUGAGCUUGAGACUGCAAGUCUGGUAGUCAACCAGAACAAAAGGGUCAUGGAAGAGAUGCUGGAACGAUUCAUAGCUCUUCGGGGAUCACCCGACCUUGUUAGGUGCCUCCCGGUUGAUAAAAUCAACUUUGAAGGAUUCUUUCGGAGAACGCAACGGUGUUUGCGAGAGCUGGAAAACCAGCAAGCCCGCCUGACCACGUUGCAGGCCGGCUUAGAAAAGGAUCUAUCAUUGUUCAAUGGGGUUUUGCAGUACAAAAUAUGCCUGUCUUAUAUUAGUUCAUGCGUCGAGACUGGUACAGAGUUCGCCGCAUGUCCGUCGGCAAAACCACGUUUCAACAAGCGAUUGGAGGCAUCAAUGCCUUUGCCUUCCAUGGAGGCGAGUAGGCCCUUCUACCAUGCGCCAGACGCGAGGCAGGAUCAAGAAACGCUUUCUUUCAUCGACUUUGUUGAGACACUAAGGCCCCGUGGCAGCGAUGGCAACCGUGAGCGGCAACACUACGUAUCACUGCCCGCGCUCGAGGAAUACUGGGACGACGACCACAAGAUUCAAAAUGCCAUUGGCGACAACCCAGUUCUGGUCUCAUUCAGCAUUCUCCGAAAAUGCUUCCUGCGCAUUUUCUCCACAUUGGUAUAUACCAACCAAGCGAACCGUCUCAGCGCCUUUACGAGACACGGUCUAAAUGACGACUCCUUUCCUGUCGUCAAGUUCCCUGAGACACAUUGGCCUAACGAGGGCCUUUACACUACCAUAUUCAGGAAAUUCUCCGAAAAACAAUGGAUGUUCUUCCCCCUCGAAUUUCAUCGCGAGCGGUUGAUAGACCUGCACUUGGCGCCGCAGAGGAUUUUGCCGCUGGAGUCAAAGAAAAUGAUCAACGAUGGAGAUGCUGCACAGGUUUACGAGAUCAAGGUUCAUACGCCGUACAAUAUGUUGCACGAUGAUCCUAACAAAGCGAAUCACAACACCUUUGUUUUGAAAACAUAUAACGCCCGAAGACCCUACGACAACGAGCGCGAAGCACUUACUGCUCUUCAAAAUAACCCUUCCAAACAUGUCAUCGCAUAUCUUGGAUCGUUCGAGCAGAAUGACACUUAUAACAUCAUUCUUGAGCAUGUCGACGGCGGCAACCUUCUCGAUUACCUGAAACAAACAGCGCGUCCGGAGGCUGAGAAGGAUAUUCGCGACCUUUGGAAUAGCAUGCUUGGCCUUUUCAAGGGGUUCCAUCGAGUACAUCAGUUGACCCAACACCACCAGCACGAGGUCGAUUACCGCGUGGUGCACCAGGAUCUCAAACCUGAUAACAUCCUUCUUGUCAGGGACCCCUCAUCACGGUAUCGAUUUCUACUCAAGAUUGCCGACUUUGGAUGCAGCCAUGUACGGAUAGUUCAUCCUGAUGGAGAAGACAAGCAAGGAUGUGACCGCCACGGCAAUCCCACAUAUUCAGCCCCCGAGUGCAGUCACCACGAACGCUUCCUCGAACGCGGGCCCAGGGGUAUAACUGCUAAGGCUGAUAUCUUUUCGCUCGGAUGCGUUCUAAGUGAGGUCGCCGCUUGGAUCGCUUUGGGCAUGGAAGGCUGCUCCCAAUACAGCUCGCUGCGCAAGAAAGAGAUUGGACACAUGUCCAGUUUCCGAGGCAGUGCAUAUACGGAUUGUUUCCACGAUGGGCUUAGUGCAUUGAACGCUGUGAAGGUAAUGCAUGCGCGCAUUGUCGACAACAUUCAGAUGCACGAUAACAUCACUCCUCCUAUCUUGAACAUCAUCCACAAACACAUGCUUGCGCAACGCCCCAGCGACCGCGAGGAGGCAAGACAGCUCAAAGUCAUGUUCGAAAAAGUCCUCGAGGGAAAUCAGGACAUCCGCAUAAGGAGAUUAUCCCCCCCUUCGACGCCGAGUCGUGGCUUUGACGAAGCCUCAUCGUCAAGUAGCCAUCGGAGGAUCUCUUCCACUGGCAGUGCAGGAGGUUGCCAUUUUACACCCACACCACCAAAUACCACCACCGCGGUGCGCCACAGACCUGGACCAACACCCUUCCCCAAUAACGGCAGUCAGACUCCAACCAGACGGACUUCUCGAAGGAACCGGCUUAGCAUUUUAUCCCCUAGCUCAUUGACGUCGUGGUCAUCAUCCGAGCGGCUGAGCUACUCGUCCAGUUCUCCUGGCGCGACAUCGCCACUUGGCGAAGUUCUGACCUUCCUUGAGGUUUUCGAGUAUCGGGAAGCGAAGAAGGGCAACGGAAACAUCGACGGACGCGUCGCGAACCUCAUUUCGAAACUGAAGAAAAGUCUGGGCCACCGAGACCAUAUAUUCCUAAUCGAUGACUCGCCUUCCAUGUGUACACAUGCCCAGAACGUACUUCACGCCUUUACCGUCUUGUCGUAUCUCGCCAAGCUUAUUGACGACAACGGAAUUGAGCUAGUCUUUGCAUCUGAUCCUUCCUGGGGGGGGUUCAUUGACAAGGCGAUUAUCAGCCGUCUGCCCGACGCCGAUCAUAAGCUUUUCGGGGCGCAUAUACCCUUCGGCUCAAGAAAGCCUAUCAGUGCCAUCAUCUUGACAGAUGGAAGUUGGGGACCGCGUCUAACUCAGGCUGGAGGUGUGGAAAAACCCAUCAAGAAGUUGAUGGCCAAGAUCAAGAGCCUACAUCUUAACAGGACCCAAGUCAUGAUCCAAUUCCUCCGAUUUGGCGAUGAUGAGGAUGGCCAAAGAUAUUUAAAGUUCCUUGAUGAGUUUGGUAACGAUGAAGACUGCGACAUCGUCGACACGAGGACGAUCCACGACGACGUUGACGUGAAUGACAUAUUCAUCGGCAGCCUGAGUCAGGCGCGAGAUAAUAUGCAGGAUCCCGUCCACGAACGAGUUGGGUUCUAA